UUUUCGGUUUAGGAAAUUCCAAAAAGUUGUGUUCAUUCGUGUGUAAAAUGGUGCACUGUUGGAUUACAAAUUUACAAUGGUACUGAUUGUGGGAUCAAGUUGUUUUUGUUGCAUUUUCAGUUAUAAAUUUACUAUGGGGUUUCUAAAGAAUGUGAUCUUAAUAAAUGGAAGAGAAUUGAAAUUGUGUUGAUUUUUGACGCAUUGAGCCGCUCACACACACACACACAUAUUAAAAUUUAAGCCUUAAAUCCCUAAAAUUUAAAUUCCUGAAAAAAUUGCUAAAAUCCCUAUUGCACUCACUCCUCAAACGAAGCCUGUUGCCAACGAUUGUCCCCGACUCCCUGCGAAUCCGACGGCCGACGGCGCCAACGGUCGAGUGAUCGACGACGAAGCGAAGCCCCAAGGCCGAAGCUAGCAGCCCAGGCCGCCGCCUCCCGCCCUCCCCUGCGAAUCUGGGUUUAUGAUGCAAAGUGACUCAUGGUCUACGAUAUAAUUUGCUGGAUAGAUCUGCUCAAGCCUUCUCCGUAGUCCGUCCCCUAUGUGAAUCAGCCAAGGAAUGCCUCGAUACAGAGACGAGACUCCUGCAGUGUGUGUUUAUACUGUUUGCGAUGAAUCAAAAUUUUUGAUUGUGAGGAAUGUUCCAGCCCUGGGUUGUGGUGAUGAUCUCGCAAAAUUGUUCACCACUUAUGGAGAAGUUGAAGAAUGUAAACCCAUGGAUGCCGAAGACUGCGAACCAUUUACUGAUGUCUACUGGAUCAAGUUCCAAAGGAUAGACAAUGCCAGGUUUGCCAAGAGGAAAUUGGAUGAGUUUGUAUUCCUAGGGAACAGGCUCCAGGUCUCUUAUGCACCUCAAUAUGAGAGCCUGUCUGAUACAAAGGAGAAGUUAGAGGGGAGGAGAAGGGAAGUUCUGACACGAGUAAACUCUCAAAGAUCCAAAAGUUCUGCAAUCCAUGGGCCUGAUGCUGUCAGCAAAUCUAUAAUCACUUCAACCUCUAAACCACUAGAAAUUAAUAAAAGUCCGUCCAUGAAGCCACAGGAGACCGCUAAUAAUAGAGAUUCCUCUAUGAAUGUAAUAUCUUCUAACAAGGAAUAUUUUUCAUCAGAAUCUAUGAAUCAAACUGUUCAGUUGGUUAGGGAAAAACUAAACAAGAUACAAUCCAGUGCAGAACAUUCAGAAGCCGGAGCUUCCAAGAAAGUGCGAGUGGACAAUAGGAGGAGAAUUUGACGACUGAUGAGAAAAGAAGUUGCUCGACCUUUAUUCAAGCAUGGUAUAACUUAACUUGUUCCAACAAAUCAUUGAAGGACUUUGGUAAUCUAAUACUGUUGUUGCCAUGAAAGGUAUUUAUUUGCUCAAGGAGGGAGAGGAGAGGGCAAUGGAAAUUUUGAAUGCACACUUAGCUUGUUAAUUCUUAUACAUCUCUUGUAAAUGAAAUAUGUACAAUUGUAUAAAUCAAUCAGGUUAUCGAGUUAACUUAUAGCUGGUAGAGUAGUAGUUGAUUGUAAACCAUAGACUACUCCUGUUGAGAGUGAAACUUGUAAUCUUGUGAUUACUAAGUCAACAACCUGACUAACUUGGUUGAGGAUGCCCUCAAAAUUAUAACAUGAAAAGUGCAUAUUUUACUAA